AUGUUGGGACUAGAUGACUUCAAAUUUGUUAUGAAAGGCGCCGACGAGAGGCUUCAGGGCCUCACAGACCGUCACGACAUCUAUCCAGCUAUAGACCCACAGCCCGCUUUCGCAAGCAAAGCAUUUGCAGGCAAGGCUGUCUUGAUCACAGGGGCGUCGAGGGGCAUUGGUCCCGUCAUCGCGACCUUUUACGCGCGUGCAGGCGCCAUGCUUGCACUCGUCGCGCGCUCAGCUUCCAAUCUCGAAGCCGUCAAGAAGCGCAUCCAAGAGGAGAAUAUUGGUACAGACAUUCUCACCUUCGCGCAGGACGUGAAAGACACGGCUGCAGCUGCCAAGGCGGUCCAGGAUACGGUCGACCACUUCGGGCACCUUGAUAUCCUGGUCACGAACGCAGGCGUAUCGCUUCCGAUAGACGGAACUCUAAUCGGGGAUCGCGAUGUCAAGCAGUGGUGGAAUACGGUAGAAGUGAACCUUCUCGGGACACUGAACUUCGUUAGUCCGUCGCUCAGCCAUCUCAAGAAGACGAAAGGAUACGUGAUCGCACUUAGCUCUAUUGGCGCUGUGCUACGAAAUCAAAGCGCCUCAGAUUACGGUAUCAGCAAGUUCGCGCUCAAUCGUCUCAUCGAAUUCAUCGCAUUGGAGUAUGAGGACGUCACAAGCUUUGCAGUUCACCCAGGAGCCAUCUGGACGGAUAUGGCUGAGAUCACGGGCCUCCGUGCAGAUUUCUUCGUUGAUACACCCGAGCUACCCAGUGCUACCAUCUUGGCACUGUCGUCGGGUAGAUACAACUGGCUAAAAGGGCGCUUCAUUGACUCAACGGUGGAUCUUGGGGACGUAGAGAAGCUGAAAGAAGAAAUACUUGCCAAAGAUGCGCUCGUGGCCAAGCUCGUGUUGCCUUGA